CUCAUUGGGAUCAGCCAAUAUUUGUGGUCAUUGCAGCUCUCACCCCCCCCCCCCAACCUUUAUCUCUGCCCCAUAACAGCCUCCAUUCACCCAGCCCUCAUAGCGGCCAUGGCAGCGCUGCUCACCUUCCUCCUCCUCAUCCUCCUUUGGACCCACGCAGCCCCACGUUGUCCCGGUUGUGGGUUGACAGCUCUGCCCCCCCCAGCACAACGCAGGUUGCUCCUGGCUAUGGCUCAGCGCAGCAUCUUGGCCAGGCUUCAUUUACAUGAGCCCCCCCGUCCCCUACAGCCCCCCAAUAGGGCGGCAUUGCUCAGUGCUCUCUAUAGGGUACGACCUCAGCUCGUAGCCCCACAACGACCCCCCGGGGCUGCAGAGCAGAACUACGAGGUGCUGAGCUUCGCUGAGGCAGGUCCAUCCACCCCACUCAGCUCCCUCCUUCUGUUCCGCUUCUCCCCGGAGCUCCGUGUUAACUCCAAGGUCCUUCAGGCGCACCUCCACCUCUUCCACCCCCCCCCCCCAGGUCCUGGCAGCUCACAACCCGUAUCCAUCCGGCUUUUAAACGGGGACUCAAAGCAAAACAUCAGCGUGGAUACACUGGAUGUCAAUGGGGACGGCUGGGCGAUGCUGGAUGUGAGCGAUGAAUUACGGAGCGCCUUAAACCGCGGCAAAGAGCAGCUGAUAAUAGAACUGAGCACAACGCGACCCCCAGGACCCCCCCCUUUAAUUUCCGACCCUUAUCGACCCUUUGUAGCCAUCAAAGCCCGGAGAGGAGCCUCAAAUCGUCGCCGUCGUCGCGGUAUCGAUUGCGGCGGCAGCACGAGGAUGUGCUGCAGGAAGGAUUUCUACGUGGACUUUAAGGAGAUCGGUUGGGACGGUUGGAUCAUCCAACCCGAGGGGUAUCACAUGAAUUAUUGCGCCGGGUUGUGCCCACCCCACGUCGCCGCCGUCCCAGGGGUGGCCGCAUCGUUUCACACCGCCGUCCUCAACCUGAUCAAAGCCAACGAUGCUGAAGCUGAAGCCGAUUCUUGCUGCGUUCCGACCCAGCGCCGCCCCCUCUCGUUACUUUAUUACGACCGGGACAGUAACAUCGUCAAAACCGACAUCCCCGAUAUGAUCGUGGAUGCGUGUGGCUGCACUUAAUGCCGGGCUGGGACCCCCAAACCCCCCCCCAAAACCCCCAAACCCCCCCAUCAUCCUGCA